AACACGUCAAAGUAUACUUAGCAAUUUCCUCCUGAGAAUUACUGUUUAGGUCCAUCAUGACGAGCGUGUUUCUUCCGUAUCUUUUGUCCAUGCUUUUGGGUAGGACUAUUGAUCUUAGAACUUACACUAUUGGUAACAACGUAUACGAUGAUGCAGAAUUCGUUCAAGAAUCAAUGUAUUUCUUAAAUACAUCAUAUCAGGUGAUACAAGAAGAUGUAUUCCCUUAUAAUUAUUUUGGCCUACCAAUUGAUAUAGUUCUUCGGAUCAAAGCCAACUUUUUGACUUCUAAUUCUGGUGCAAUGGGCUUAGAUGGAGUGCUGAAAGAUACAUCAUGGAAGUAUAACAGUGUUGUUGUACCAGUGACAACAAUAUAUCAAACGGUCAAAAGACAACUUAAGAAAGAUGCCAUCCCACUUUCCGACUGGAAAGACAAAAUUCCCAAUUCUAAGACUCAUUAUGUGGAUUCUCUGCUGUAUGGAGGAUGGUGUGUAGUUCUAUUUCGGUUUCACUGUGAUAUUCCAGGCGAUGUACGAGCCGUAAGGCACACUCUAACAGAAAAAUUAGGCGUAAUUGGCGAGCUGGGAAAUGGAACACUAGAUCGAUGGAACAAAGCCAUGGCCGCCAUUCAAGAAAAUAAAGAUAUUCGUGGGAAGGUUAAAAUCAGCACAAAUGUCUACUCUACAGCACCUAUCAAAGAAUUCAUAUCAUCUCCGGAAACUCUAAUUAGUGCCAUCAAGAAGUUCCCGUCAGACGUUGGAAAAUUAGGACAGCCCUUAUUCAUGACUCUGAAGCCCUUGAACGAAUUAGAUAAAAAGUACUCCACUGUAAAACAAAGCAAUGAAAUGUUAAAAGACUUGGAGACCUUGGAUGAAAUGUUCGAUGAUGCUAAAGUCACUAAAGUCAGCAUGAUGCGAUGGGUAACUGAAACUAUGACAAUUUUUGAAGAAGAAGAUGAAGAACGCGUCAAUAAUCUUCUUGAAUCCUUGAAUCAAUGCAUUAAAGCCUUCUAUAAAGUUUGUGGAGACAUCAGCUUGUUUAAGCCUGCUUCGAAAGAUGAAAUCCAUAAUGCAAUCCAUCUAUACCUCAGUGGACUGCCGAGAGGAAUAGGCACUUACAAUUUAGCUUAUAGACGCCUAAAGGAGGAACUAGAUGCACAAUGUGAAAAUAACUUUCAUGAUUCAAUUAGAGGUUUAUUAAAAGUAUACGAUGAAGAAAUGAUGAAGAAAGGGGAAGUCAAAGGUGGUUUGAAGGAAUGCCAGAGUUUAUGUAUUGCAGAAGAACGUUGCAGAUCUAUUGGAUACGCCGAACACAUGACUGAACUGGAUCUUACAACUAGCUUAUACCAUAAAAAAGAAAAACAGUGCUGGAUAUACUUUAAAAGCACUAGCACAGCUGUUGUUCAUACCCCUAGCGGUGUUUCUGGAGACUUACAAAUUUAUGAUAGAGUUUGUUAUUGAUUUAGAAAAGAAAUUAAAAUUUCAAUAUAUGUUUAAAA